AUGGAGAGCCUCAACGGCUGUGUUCUCAGCCAAUUGAGGCAGUCUGGUGCCCAAUUGACUCGUACCCUUCAAAAGGUCCAGUCCCGAUCCUACUCGGCUCCCGUCAGCGGCUCCAUCCCCGCGGCCAAGAAGAAGUAUGUCCCUACUUCCGGCACUUACCCUCUGGGCUUCUCAGCUUCCGGUAUCAACGUAGGCGUCAAGCCAAAGAACACCACCAAGCCCGAUGUUUGCCUUGUCGCCUCGGACCGUCCCUGUGCUGCCGCCGCCGUCUUCACCAAGAACAAGUUCCAGGCCGCCCCCGUCACUUUCAGCCGUAGCUUGCUGCAGAAGAAGGGCAACCAGGGUAUUCAGGGUGUUGUUGUCAACUCGGGAUGCGCGAACGCCGUCACCGGCAAGGGAGGUUUGGAGGAUGCUGGCAAGAUGGCUCAGGCCGCCGAUGAGUGCUUCGGCCAGAGUGAGAGCACCCUCGUCAUGAGCACUGGUGUCAUCGGCCAGCGUCUUCCCAUCGAGAAGAUCACCAGCAACAUCCCCCGGGCUCACAAGGCUAUGGGAUCUUCUCACGACCACUGGCUCACAGCUGCCAAGGCUAUCUGCACUACCGAUACCUUCCCCAAGCUCAUCUCUCGCUCCUUCAAGCUUCCCUCCUCCCCUUCGGUUGAGUACCGCAUUGCCGGCAUGACCAAGGGAGCUGGUAUGAUCCACCCCAACAUGGCCACCCUUCUUGGUAUCAUCGCCACCGAUGCUCCCGUUUCUUCCACCGUCCUUCCCGCCGUUCUCAAGCACGCCGUCGACCGUUCGUUCAACAGCAUUACCAUCGAUGGAGACACUUCCACCAACGACACUGUUGCUCUUCUUGCCAACGGUGCUGCUGGCGGAAAGGAGGUUGUCGCCAACACUCCCGACUACGAUGCCUUCCAGACUGUCCUGACCGAUUUCUCUACCGACCUUGCCAAGCUCAUUGUCCGUGAUGGCGAGGGUGCCACCAAGUUCGUCACCAUCCGCGUUGUCGAGGCCGCCAGCGAGGAGGCUGCCAGGAAGAUUGCCAGCACCAUUGCCCGCUCUCCCUUGGUCAAGACUGCUCUCUACGGCAAGGACGCUAACUGGGGCCGUAUCCUCUGCGCUACUGGCUACUCCCUUGUCUCCGAGCCUGGUCUUCCCGUCAACGAUAUCCCCGAGGUUGUCCCUGAGAAGACCAACGUCUCUUUCAUCCCCACUGACGGUACUGCUGAGCUGAAGCUGCUCGUCAACGGCGAGCCUGAGCAGGUUGAUGAGGCCCGUGCUGCUGAGAUCCUCGAGCUUGAGGACCUUGAGAUUCUUGUUAGACUUGGAACUGGUGACAAGCAGGCCACCUACUGGACUUGCGACUACAGCCACGAGUACAUUACUAUUAAUGGAGACUACCGCACGUAA